CAAUCGAUCGAUUUAGUGGGAGCCAUGUUCAAGUUGCUGGUGCUCUCAUGCCUUUUGGCUUUGGCGCUGCCUUCGCUGGCGGAGGUUGGCUGGUGGAAGACGGGCCAGUUCUACCAGAUCUACCCAAGAUCUUUCAAGGAUAGCGAUGGCGAUGGUGUGGGCGAUCUCGUUGGAAUUACGCAACAACUGGGUUACCUGAAGGAAAUCGGCAUCACCGCCACCUGGCUGUCCCCGAUCUUCACCUCGCCCAUGGCCGACUUCGGCUACGAUGUGGCCGAUCUGAAGAACAUCGACCCCAUCUUUGGCACCAUGGCCGAUUUCGAGGCACUGGUGGCCCGCGCCAAGGAGCUGGACAUCAAGAUCAUCCUGGACUUUGUGCCCAACCACACGAGCGACGAGUGCGACUGGUUCAUCCGGUCAGCGGCUGGCGAGGCGGAGUACAAGGAUUUCUAUGUGUGGCACACCGGCAAGGUGGUGAACGGCAUCCGUCAGCCACCCACCAACUGGAUCGGCGUGUUCCGUGGCUCCAUGUGGACGUGGCACGAGGGUCGUCAGGCCUACUACCUGCAUCAGUUCCACGCCAAGCAGCCCGACCUCAACUACCGCAACCCCAAGGUCGUCGAGGCCAUGAAGGACGUGCUGCGCUUCUGGCUGCGCAAGGGAGCCUACGGCUUCCGCAUCGAUGCAGUGCCCCAUGUGUACGAGGUUCCCGCCGACGCCGAUGGCAACUGGCCGGAUGAGCCCAGAAACGAGGCGGUGAGCGAUCCCGAGGACUACACCUACCUGCAGCACAUCUACACCACCAACCAGCCGGAGACCCUGGAGCUGGUCUACGCCUUCCGCGACGUGAUCGAGGAGAUCGACGCCGAACUGGGCGGCGACGACCGCGUCCUGCUCACCGAGGCCUACUCGCCUUUGGAGAUCCUCAUGCAGUACUACGGCAACGGCACCCACCGCGGCUCCCAGAUCCCCUUCAACUUCGAGCUGCUGACCAAGAUCAGCUACAGCUCCGACGCCUACCACUACUCGGAGCUGAUCCACAACUGGCUGGACAACAUGCCCGCCGGCCAGGUGGCCAACUGGGUGUUCGGCAACCACGACCAGAGUCGCAUUGGCUCCCGCCUGGGCGCCGACCGCAUCGAUGCCGCCAACAUGAUCGUGAUGGGCCUGCCCGGCGUGAGCGUGACCUACCAGGGCGAGGAGAUGGGCAUGACUGAUGUGUGGAUCAGCUGGGAGGACACCGUGGACCCGCAGGCCUGCCAGUCCAACGAGCAGGAGUUCGAGCGCCUCACCCGUGAUCCCGUGCGCACUCCCUUCCAGUGGAGCGACGAGCAGAACGCUGGCUUCUCCAACGCCUCCGUCACCUGGCUGCCGGUGGCCAGUGACUACAAGCUGGUCAACGUGAAGAAGGAGCGGGGCGUGGCACUGAGCCACCUGAAUGUCUACAAGCAGCUGCGGGCUCUGCGGGACGAGCCGACUUUGAAGCAGGGCGACGUCUCUGUCGUGGCCAUCGGUCCCAAUGUGCUGGCCUUCAAGCGCUCCCUGGCUGGCCAGAAGUCCUACAUCACCGUCGUCAACAUCAACGAUGAUGUCGAGUCGAUCAACUUGGACUCCGUCUUUACCUCCAUCUCCACGCAACUGCAGUAUGUGGUGGUGAACGACAAGAGUGCGCGUCGCAAGAACGACCUCACCUUUGCCAACUCCGUGCUGUUGAUGCCCAAGGAAGCCGUCGUGCUGAGCACAGUCUAGGCCAGCUCAAUAGGUCUUUAAUAAAGAAUAAACAAAUGACACACAA